AUGGAGUCUCCAUCUCCAAACGACACAAAGAUAGACGUGGAACAUUUGAUAAUCACUGUACAAGAAAGACCACCUUUGUGGAAUAAACAUUCCAAAGAAUAUAGUGAUAGAAAUUUGAAAACGCGUUUAUGGCAGGAAGUAUGCGAAAAUGUUAUACAGAACUGGGCUGAACUAAGCAAACAAAAUAAAAAAACAAGAGACACUAGUGGCAACAUCAAAUCUAUUGAAGAAUGUGCAAAUUCGGAAACUCAAUCGGACGAGGAUAAUAGCCAACAGAAGCAGGAUACCAGAAAAGCUAUAUACCAACGUAAGACAGGUGCUCAAGGACGAAAAGAAAAUACUGAUGAAGGAGGAACUAUUGAAUAUUUUACGUAA